GUUGUUACGCCCAUCCUGUGCAUAAAGUGUGAACACAUUAGAAAAGGUCUCAGAACAACAGAUCCCUUAUAGUCAUUGCUACUUGAAAGGAAAAACCAAAGGCAAGAAAAAUGCUGAAAACGCCCUCCGUGCUUCUGAUACUGGCCCUGGCCUUGUACGUUGCUGAGGCCACCGGACGACUAGCACAAGCCACAGAAGGUAAUAGAUGCCCAGAGGCCAACCAGUCUUGGGAGAAUUGUGGGACGGCUUGUCCAAAGAACUGCGAGUUGCUCAGAAGUGGACCAAUCCCGUGUACCCUGAACUGUGUCCCUGGCUGCUACUGUAAGAGCCCCUAUAUAUUCCUGUCAGGUAACUCCGGUCCAUGCAUCUUACCGAAGAAAUGCCCACAAAAAAUUUACACUGGAAAGACGUCAAAUAGGCAAAAAGGGUGAGCUGGACGACACUGAAGUCCUGGUCAUAGCUCGACUAUUGCUGAACACAGUGACUGCUCAGGAUUAAAAAUGGGUUUUAAAAACUUCA